GGAGCCGCGCAGCCUCCUCCCCGAACCGCAGCCGCCUCAUGGCAUCCUCCGCCGGCCGGGCCGCCCUGCACGGGCUCAGCUAGGCAGCCUCACAGUCCCGGGGCCCCGGCCAAGGGCACCGCACGAUCGGCGGACACGCGACCGGAGGCCGGGAAGAUGGCGGAGAGGCUGGAAUGGGUGGAGAUCAUCGAGCCGCGCACGCGCGAGUGCAUGUACGCCAACCUGAUCACGGGGGAGUGCGUGUGGGACCCCCCUCCCGGCGUGCGGAUCAAGCGCACCAACGAGAACCAGUGGUGGGAGCUGUUUGACCCGAACACGUCGCGCUUCUACUACUACAACGCCAGCACCCAGCGGACCGUGUGGCACCGGCCGCAGAACUGCGACAUCAUCCCGCUGGCCAAGCUGCAGACGCUCAAGCAGAACACCGAGUCGCCCCGGGCCUCGGCCGAGAACAGCCCCGGACGGGGCAGCAACGUCAGCCGCGAGGGCAGCACCGGCUCGUCCCUGGAGCAGGAGCCGGACGCCGGAGACAAGAGCGCCGAGCCGGCCAAGCCCAACCGCCACUCGGCCCCCUACUUCGUGGUGAAGGAAGAGUCGGACAGGACCUCCUCUCUGAGGUGGAAUUCCGGCACCAAGGAGAGAAUGCUGAUAAAGGUGACGGACCGAGAGCCCAGCUUCCUGAUGCAUCAGGGGAACGGAUACUCCAUGGACAACGCGCAAGGGACCCGCUCGCGCAGGCCCUCUGGCGGACAGCCCUCCCCGGCCAUGCAGACCUUCUCCGUGGAUACAGACAACUCGGUCUUCUUCACCGAGAGGAAGCCGUCGCCGUAUAUGAAAAGGUCGGAGCACAUGGGCACGUGUUCCCCUCUGCUGGGCCGCGGGGAGUCGUUCUGCACCCUGCAAUCCCAGCACAGGAAACAUUCGAACGAAUCGCAGCCGUCCUCCCCGCGCUACGCCUACGAGCCCCCGCUCUACGAAGAGCCCCCCACGGAGUACCAGGCUCCCAUCUACGACGAGCCCCCCAUGGAAAUGCAAUACGACGGCGGCGGCAAUUACCGGGCCAUGUCGCCGCAGAAGUCGCCUGUCCGCAAGCCGCACGCCUACUUGCCGUCUCCGAAACAGGCCUCCAACUCGCCGUAUCAGCAGCUCGUGCUCACCAAGCAGAAAUGCUCCGACAGGUUCAUGAGUCUGGACUACAGCCCCGCGGGCAGGGAGUACGUGCGCCAGCUCGUGUACGUCGAGCAGUCCGGCUCCAGCCCCAAGAUGAAGACCGGUCUGAGGCAUAAAUACACGCCAAAUACCAUCGGCGGCUCGUACUCCCUGCAGCAUAACCCGUGUUACGCCAGGGACCAGCGGCUCGAGGUCAAGUCGGGGGAUUACAGCAGCAUGGAGGGCUCCGAUGUACGACUCGGUCAGCAGAAGCAGCCGUUCCACGGAGAAGACUCCAUGUCUUGGUCCAGCCAGCAGGACACCAUGUCUUCUACAGGGUAUUCUCCCAACACGCGCAAGAGGAAAAGCCGGAAGCCGUCUCUGUCCCUGGAGCCCAGCGCGACCCCGGCGGAAAGCGCCGGAGAGAGGGAGCCGGCCAGCGAACAGAACAUGGUGGAGGAAAGACCGUCGUCCAUGCCCAACAGGCCUCUGAUGAGCCGGACGGAGAGCAGGUCGUCGGAAGCCGACAUGCACCGGGGAUCUCCCGAGGCGUUUAUGGCUCAGGCCAGGCUGGCUUGGGAAGCUCAGCAGGCCCAUUUCCACAUGAAGCAGAGAAGCAGCUGGGACUCCCAGAAGGACGGCUCCGGGUACGAGAGCGAUGGCGCCGUGCCCUUACCCAUGCCGGGCCCGGUGGUGCGAGCGUUCAGCGAGGACGAGGCCCUGGCGCAGUACGACAGCAGACACUGGAAGCGAAGCACCUUCGAGAAACUCGGCUUCCCUCAGAUCCUUCUAGAAAAAAGCGUUUCUGUUCAGACCAACCUGGCGUCCCCGGAGCCGUACCUCCAUCCAUCGCAGUCGGAGGACCUCGGUGCAUGCGCUCAGUUUGAGAACAGCCGCCACAACAGGAACAUGAUGCCGAGCUCCAGCUGCGUCUUCCCCACCUUCACCCUGAGGAAGCCGUCUUCUGAGACCGACAUAGAGAACUGGGCGUCCAAGCACUUCAACAAGCACACCCAGGGGCUCUUCCGGCGCAAGGUGUCCAUCGCCAACAUGCUGGCGUGGAGCAGCGAGUCCAUCAAGAAGCCCAUGAUCAUGACCAGCGACCGCAACGUGAAGAAAGAGGCCUGCGAGAUCUUCAAACUCAUCCAGAUGUACAUGGGGGACAGGAGAGCCAAGACCGACCAGCUCAACGUCGCUCUGGAGAUCGCCACCAAGGGCUGGAGCAUGCAGGGCCUGAGGGACGAGCUUUACAUCCAGCUGUGCCGGCAGACCACCGAGAACUUCCGCUACGAGAGCCUGGCGCGCGGCUGGGAGCUGAUGACUAUUUGCUUGGCCUUUUUCCCCCCCACCCCUAAAUUUCAUUCUUACUUGGAGGGAUAUAUCUACAGGCACAUGGACCCGGUGAACGACACAAAAGUGACCCGGCAUAUAAACGAGCUGCUGGCGAUCGACAGCGUGAAGAAAUCCAAACUGAGAAAGAGACUAAAGCCCUAUUCGGAGGAGCGAGAUGGCGUGGCGAUCAGCACCUACGCCAAGUACUGCUACCGAAAGCUGCAGAAAGCGGCCCUCCUGGGAGCCAAAAAGGGGCUGAAGAAGCCAAACAUCGAAGAGAUAAAGCAUGCGCGGAACGCCGUGUUCAGCCCUUCCAUGUUCGCCAGUUCUUUGCAGGAGAUCAUGAACAUGCAAAAGGAGAAAUAUCCGGAUCGGCAGCUGCCGUGGGUGCAGACCAGGCUGUCCGAGGAGGUGCUGGCGCUCAACGGCGACCAAACCGAGGGCAUUUUCAGGGUUCCCGGUGACAUCGAUGAAGUGAACGCCUUGAAGCUUCAAGUGGAUCAAUGGAAAAUCCCCACCGGGCUGGAGGACCCCCACGUUCCUGCCUCUCUGUUGAAGCUCUGGUACCGGGAGCUGGAGGAGCCGCUCAUCCCCCACGAGUUUUACGAUCAGUGCAUCACCCACUACGAGAACCCGGAGGCCGCCAUCGCCGUGGUGCACUCACUGCCCAGAAUCAACAAAAUGGUGCUCUGCUACCUCAUCCGCUUCCUACAGGUAUUUGUGCAGCCGGCCAACGUGGCCGUCACAAAGAUGGACGUCAGUAACCUGGCCAUGGUGAUGGCGCCCAACUGCCUGCGCUGCCAGUCGGAUGAUCCCCGCAUCAUCUUCGAGAACACCAGGAAAGAAAUGUCCUUCAUCCGGGUUCUUAUCCAGCACCUGGACACUGGCUUCAUGGAGGCCGUGCUAUAGCGGGACUGAGACGUCGAAUACAGGAAGAGCGUCACCUCGUCUGUCUGUCACGCCUCAUCCUCCGGUCAC